AUGCGGCUGAAAUCACAUGUGUUGCGUCUUUGCUUCCUAUUUACAGGGCAAAGCCUCCACUUCUCUCUCAAGAUGGCACAACCUGCUCUCUACCGCUCCGAUAUACCAAGCCUUCGCGACCUAUACCCUCAACUUCCUAUCCAAAUCGGUACGGUCGCACUGAAUAGGGCCAUUCAACAAGAGGCUCCCGUUCAGCGAGUAGAUCUCGCCCAUGCUGAGGCAGUCGCAAACUGCCUAGAAGCCAUCGAAGCUGCUGGCAACCACGCCCAAGUGACCCCGCACAUCGUUACUGCCGCUCGUGCUCGAGCAAACGCUGUGGCCGCUGCCCAAUCCACAGCAAUAUUUGGUGCUCAAGACAUCGCCGACGCCUUGCGAGAUCUUCGCGACGAAAUCAGGCAGACGAAUGUGGCUAACCAGAAUCUUAGGAUUCUUAGCUAUAACAACCGCUUGCAACCGCCGAAUCUCCUUCGACCAUUAAAGAAAACCUCACUUGGCUGCGGUCGCGCCCUCGCAACUGGCCUCGCUCCAGCGGGGUUUUUCAAUAAUGUUAAUAACCAGGUGCAAUUCGAUCAGCGUUGUCCGGCAGCUCCGAUACCAGCAGUUGGUGCCACUCCACCUGCUGCUGUCUUUCACCCACGUAUCGAGAACUACCAGCAUAUUGACAUUCUCGUUCUCAUCGCCUACUACAAUGAUGACUUCGGUAUUGUUGUUGGAGACUCAGUCCCAGAUCGUCAAGUGAAGAUCCGAGACUUCUUCUCACAAUUCUACUUCGAAGCGCAGAUGAAGAAGUCUAAAGGGAGGGGUCGGAGGAGUGGUAGCUCGUUCGAUGUGUUUAGGAUGAAGUAUGAGAUGGAUAAAGAGGAGGAGGGGGAUAAGGGAGAGGGAAGCAGUGCGAAGAGGAAGAAAGGUGAUGUUGUGAGGAAUGAAGAUGAAGUGGAUGAAGAGGAGGUUGUGCAGAAGCCGAAGAAGAAGCGGAGGGUUUUGGAUGAGGUUGAGGUGAAGGACUUAAUUGUGGUUUCGAAGCCGGUGUCUAGGGUGAAGCCUAAGAGCAAAGCGAAGAAGGCAGCUGCCGAGUAG